CUUUCCUUCCUUCUCCUCUUCCUCCUCCUCUCCAACGCGCUUGCCAAACCCAAGCUCGUCGGUUUCUGCUCGGCUUACCCAAAUCCUUCCAAGCACAAGUCUCAGGGUUGUUCAACUUUCCAAUCGCCCAGCCUCAGCUUCACCCUGUCAAUACUUUCUUGAAGGCGAUCGGCAGUCAACGGUCUGUGCUCGUACAGUACGCACGUUCAAUAGUUGCCGUCCAAGUUGCUCUUCGGCGAACAUAGUCUGUUCGGUCUCUUUCAAGCAUGCCGGAAAAUUAUCAUUUCGCCGACCUCACAACCAUCUCGACGAGUCAGCAGGACAUUCAUAAGGAUGAAAUGUACGCGAGAGCUUUGCAAGCAGCACUGCAACGAGAAGCUUAUGCUGCUGAAGUACGAUCUUACAACCACAACACGGGUGCGAAUCGUGACCAUGCAGUAGCGCCAACCCAACCCUCGAACAUCAAUUCAAUGAUGGAGGAUGGGUUGAUUGAUGGUUUGGAGAUUGACUUGGGUUACACCAAGAUGUUCAUCACAAGACAAGAGCUGAAAGAGAAGGGGUUUUGUCGUGGAACGUUGGUCCUGUACACAUGUCCAUGUUGUAUCAAGGGUGUUGGUUACGCAUUCCAAACGUUUGCUGAGACUGCGAAGAGGUGUCCGUUCACGAGCCUUAUCACGUUUGCAGACAUCGUAAUUUUCAUUGUUACAAUAUCGAUUUAUGGUUUCACUUCACCAAGUGCGAACAACAUGCUCGGCCCAUCAGGAGAAGCUUUCCUGAAACUUGGUGCAAAAUGGACUCCUUUGAUCCUACAGGGAGAAGUUUGGCGACUCGUGGUCCCGAUAUUCCUUCAUGCGGGAGUUGUGCACAUCCUAGCAAACAUGUAUGCCCAGAUAGUGGUCGGGUAUAGCUCGGAGACAAGCUGGGGCACGCCCACCAUCGCUGUCAUCUACUUCGUGUCUGGACUAGCUGGAAACAUCGUCUCCGCCUAUUUCUCGCCUGGGAUCCUCUCGGUGGGAGCGUCCGGAGCGAUCCUCGGCGUCAUUGGUGCGGAAGUUUCUCAGAUGAUAGCGACUUGGCAGAGGACACAAGCGCAUUUGCGGAUGUCGAAGGCGAAAUAUCUUUUUUUCUCCCUGCUGAUCCUCGUGAUCAUCGGAGUAGUUGAGCAUGAUCGCGUCGACAACUUCUGUCAUGCGGGAGGGUUCGGGUGCGGCUUUUGCAUGGGCCUGCUCCGUUUCAAUCGGGACUUUGAGUCAAAGCCUCGCAAGAUCAUCGCCGGAGUUCUCGGUGUCCUGGGGUUGGCAGGCCUUGUGGCGAUCCUCGUCGUGCUCUUCUUGCUACAUGGAAGGCCGUUUUACAGCGGGUAGGAUGCAGGACACCGGGACCCAAGCUCACAUUUUGAUUGGUUGGGUCGUGCUGGGUCGGUUCAAGUUGCUGAGGGAGCUGGGGAAGGGAUCCUUUGGGCACAUCUUUCAUGCCCGAGACAUUAACACCCAGCAGGAGGUGGCCAUCAAGGUAGAGAAGAGGGACAUCAAAGUACCGCAGCUGAAGCAGGAGGUGAACGUCUACAAGCACCUGAGGGGGAUGCCGGGAUUCCCGAGGCUGAUCGCGGAGGGAGAGGAGAACAAUCUGAAGAUGAUCGUUAUCGACCGCCUCGGGCACAACAUCGAAGACCUCCUUGAGCUGUGUGGAGGCCGCUUUUCGCUCAAAACUGUCCUGCUACUGGCAGAUCAGAUGCUGCUGAGGACGCAGCAAAUGCAUUCCCGUGGCCUGUUGCACCGAGACAUCAAGCCAGACAACUUCUUAACGGGGCUAGGGGAGAAUGCAGGUACGAUCUAUGCGGUCGACUUCGGGCUUUCGAAGUUCUACAUAGACCCGAAGACUGGGAAACACAUCGGGCAGAGGGAGAAAAACCUGACGAGCCUGGUUGGCACUGCCAGAUACUGCUCGAUCAACUCGCAUCAUGGAGCUCAGCUGAGCAGAAGAGAUGACCUGGAGACGAUAGGAUAUGUCUUGGUCUACCUGGCGUGUCGUGGGCUGCCAUGGCAGGGGGUGAAAGCCGCCAACCUGCCAGAGAAGUAUGAGAAAAUCGGGCAGAUCAAAGAGCAGAUCUCUACGACAAAGUUAUGCGCGGGGCUUCCUUCUUGCUUUCAAAAGUUCAUAGACUACUCCCGGCAGCUCGCCUUCGAGGAGGAGCCGGACUAUGAAAUGUGCAAGGAGAUGUUCAGGUCGACGUUUCAACUAUGCAGGCUCAAGCACCACAACAUUGCCCUCCUCUCCCUCUUUGCUCGAGCUCAUUCUGACUCGCUCAUCUUUGCUGCCAGAACGAUCGAAUUUUCGACUGGACAGGAAUGUUGGACAGGGGAAGCCUGA